UAUUUUAGUUUGCCCCAAACGUCGCUGUGGAACGAAGUGAAUCUAAAAUUCUUUACAACAGGUCUCUUCAAUGGAGUAAACUUUAUUUUGUUUAAUUAUUUAAAUAGAAGGAAAGAUGCCGAUAGUAAGGCCAAACGCGGACACCGGAGAGAAAAGGACAACAUUCCGCCCACCCUGGGUGAAGGACGUGCCGCCUUCGCUUCCUGCUCCUCCACCAGCUUGGGUCGGAAAACAACAGGAACCAGUGAAGUCUGUGAUCAUACCUAAUCGGCCAAAAUUACCUGACGUCAGGAAUAUAAAAGUCAGUUUUGAUGGUGAAUCAAAGGAAGCUCAGGGUCCACCACCGAACAAAUCCAUGCCCAACAAUUUUAAGCCAGGGCCUGAAACGUUGAGAGGAGAAACGGGGAAAAGCCCUAACAAGGAAAUUAAACCUCAAAUUUCAACUGUACCACCCAAAGGACCAUCCAAAGAAGUCAGGAUUAGUACAGAAUUGAUGAGCAAACAACCAUCUCAAGACAUUGCCCCAAAACAAGACAAAAACCAGGAACAGGCCCGAAACAGAGAAGAAACCCAAAAGAAGGAACCAUUCGGUGAAGUUAAAUUGAAGAAAAGGAUUGAAGAGCCUAGAAAAGAAGAGCCGAAACCUCCACCAGUCAUGGCUACACCACCAUCCACAGCUAUGAUGCCACCACCUCCUCCACCACCGUGCUUACCGCCAGCUCCCCCACCACCACCACCAACUGCACCUCCAGAAUUUACAAAAAAGCCUAUGACGGUUGAGAAAGCAGCAAAAAUAGAAGCACUCAAAAGUAGACCGAGAAGGCGUCCUGACUGGACUGAUAUGAUGAAGGAAGUAGAAGCAGGAAUUAAGCUGAAAAAAGUGAAGUGCAAUGACAGGAGUGCACCAGUAUUACCAAAAGCAAAAGCUAAGGGACAGUUUGUGUAUGACUCAGAAAAACAAAAUGCACACAAUCAACUUCUCAAAGAAAUUCAGCACGGAGUUCAUUUGAAAAAAGUCAAAACAAAUGACAGAAGUAAACCGAUAUUACAAGGCUUAAGAAAAUUUAGAAGGCAAAUGACUAUUGAAGAGCAAAUUCAAAAGUCAGCAUCUGUCGCUGAUGUAAUUGCAGUUGCUUCCGAACCUGAUGAAUUGGAUGAUAUUGAUAAAGUCCGAGAUGAUCUACAGUCGACAAAACAAAUGUUAGCUCUUGAACUGAGGAACAAAGAAGCUUUGGAAAGGGAAAAUAAAAGGCUCAUGGCAAGACUGUUGAACCUUGAGGUCGAACUUGAGAAAGAAAAAUUAGCCAGGAAAAUCCAGGCCGAAGGGGAAUCCACCGUACCAGUCCGAACUAGUGACGAUGAAACUCUCAUCGCACAAUUAAAACAAGAAGCAGCAGAAUCGGCCAAGAUUACAAAAGAAAUGGAAGAAAAGUACCAUAAGACAGCGGAAGAAUUGGAUUACACACGCGCAAAAUUGGAGAGCGCUUGGCUUAGGAAUACUCAACUUGAAAUGGAACUUAAGUCAAAGGGUUCAUAUAACAAACCUCCUCUUGUUAAACAGCCAUCGUCGAAAAAGCUCGCACAUUCAGCUUCGACUGUCAAGCAAGACAAGUUUCCGCAACCGAACGAUGAAAGUGAAUCUGAAGGCUCGGAAACAGAAACCGAUGGUGAAUACGAAGACGAGGAAGUAAUCGACACCACUAAUGCAGCAGAAAAAUCUGCUCUACGAGAACAGCGUGAACUUAAACUCCUAGUUAACAAACUGAAAACUUUCAAGGAGAAACGAAUAGCAGCAAUCAAGGAGAAAAAGAAUUUGAAAAAUAAUUUGUCCAAAUUGCAGUCUAUUUUAAAAGAAGAAAGGAAAAAAUACAGACUACUGCAGAAAGAAGUAGAUAAAAUGGCUUCUCUAAUGAAAGAUGUGGAGGACGACGAAGACAAAGAAGAAGAGGAGGAAGAUGACGAUGACGACGAUGAAGAUGAGGAGACGGAAACUGAAAGUGAGUCAGACGAAGACGAUAGAACAGAAAGUGAGGGUGAUUUGCCAGAAGAUGCUGCAAUGGAGGAUAAAGUCGCUAACUUAAACAGAAGGAUAAAGAACCAUGAAAUGUUACUACAAAGAGCCAAAAAAGGAAAUUAUCUGUUAAAAGCGAAUAUCGAUCGAAGACAAGACGAUUUGAAUAGACAAAAGGAAAUGUCUUUAGGUCUUCAAGAAGAUUUGAAUGCCGUUUUAUCAGAGUUAGGUUAAUAAUUGCUGAAAUAUCUGCUUCCCAUAAAUUAUGCUUAACCCUAUUAAGGGUAAUCCUUCGCUUGGUGUACAGGGAUACUGCUAUAAAUUAAUUUUUAGUUACUGCUGCUCAAAUGCACAAAUGUAAAAUAGUCUAAUGAUGGAUAGGGUGUACGGUCUAGUCAAUAUAAGCAAGGGAGACAUUAGUCAUUUUUCAUCGACCUUGUGCAAAUAUAAUCAAUCUAUA